AUGGGCAUUGCUUGCCAACAUCACGCUAAUCUUUUACUACAAAUGCACUUGAAGAGGAGCUCGACCCGAGGCUGCACGAUGGCGUCUUCCCCCCUCCAAUGUGGACCGUGGCUAUAUGCUACGCCGUAUCAUCAGGCGGGUCCAUUCAGCAUGCACAACAGCUUGGUGUCCAUGGUGGCUCAGACGCUCUGCUCUUUCCUGCUGAUGGCUCCGAACCUACCGUCGAGGCACACGUGGACCGCAAGUUCCGUUCUGGUUGUGCCGUACACCACACGCAACGCAACGCACUUGCUGCAGCGUGCAUUAAAGGCCGAGCUGGGUGAGCACGUGACACAGACUGGCUUACAAGUUACAAGCAACCGCCUUCGUUUCGAUUUUGCUCAUAUUGGGGCACUUACUGUUGAAGAAAUGGGAAGCGUGGAAGCAAGAGUGAACAAGUAUGCAGCUGCAGAGCUGGUUGUAACAACCAUUGAAAAGAAGCCGAGCGAAGCGGUGCCAUGUGCAAGUUUUGGCGACAAAUAUGGAGAUAUCGUACGUAUUGUUCGCGUUGGCUAUGAUGAUGUUGCAGAGGACGCCACGGCUGGAGUAUCUGUAUCGAGCAAAUUCUGCGGAGGAACAUACGUACACAAUGCACGUGAAGUGUUUCCCUUUGUAUUUAGUCAGUGA